GUAAUUAAUAAAACAUAGAGUAUGUCCCUAGUACGUGCAAAAACUUCAUGCAGAGUAUGAUCAUUUUUUAUCAUCAUUGUUAUGAGUUUAACCCAUGUUUACCCCUUUUAGAACUCACAUUUCAACCAGCUAAGCAAUGUCAUCCAAACAAACAUUAGAAAAUACAUUUUUUAUACUAGUCGGUCCCAUCACAUUUUGCCCCAACCUCAAGACACCGCAAGAAGAGAGAGAAAAUUUGGGUCUAAACCGAAGAAGAAAGAAGGAAAAAUGGGCAAAGCCACCACAGAAGCUGCAGCCGCCGCAGCAACAGUAGACGCCGCCGGAGCAGACAAAAUGAAGAGGAAAAAGAAGAAAGGGCGGCCCUCUCUCUCGGAUCUCCGGAACAGGCACGAUCCGAAGCCCGUUUCCACCCGCCGAUCGGCCCGCCGGAACCCUAAUUUGCGUUCCUCAUCUCCCCCGCCGGACUCCGAUGAGGACGAGGACGAAAGGAAGGAGAAGAAAGUGAAGCUCGUCGGCCGCUUGCCCCACUCCAGCAACCAGCCACAGCAUUUCGAGAAUUCGCCCCUGAAUUCGGAUUCCGGUUCGGACCCCGACCCGGACGACGCGACCCGAGAGGAGCCCGCUAAGAAUCUCAAGGUCGAAGCCGGGGACUGCAGAUCUGUACUUGCUGUCCCUGAUCAGGCAGAAAAGACUUUGAAAGCGAUGGACUCUCAACAUGGAUCACCAUUGGCCUCCGGCCCCACAAAACCUUUGCCAGACAAAAAGUUGUUGGUGUUCAUUCUUGACAGACUUCAAAAGAAGGACACUUACGGUGUGUUCUCUGAACCUGUGGAUCCAAACGAGCUACCUGAUUAUCAUGAGAUUAUAGAGCACCCCAUGGAUUUUGGGACUGUUAGAAAGAAGCUUGAUGGGCGACUUUAUUCGACCCUCGAGGAAUUAGAGGCUGAUGUGCUCUUGAUAUGUUCAAAUGCGAUGCAGUAUAAUGCACCAGACACUAUUUACUUCCGGCAGGCACGGUCUAUUCAAGAACUGGCAAAAAGAGACUUCGAAAAUUUGAGGCAUCAGGGUGAGGAUGGCGAGCCUAAGGUUGUUCGUAGGGGUAGGCCCCCAAAUACUAAAAACACAAAAAAGUGUGCUGAGGCGUCUCCCGUUGACCGUGUGGGUCCUGAACAUUCAUCUGGGGCCACACUUGCCACUAUGGAUGAUAAUAAACCUGCUGGAUCUAACUCUUACAAUUUGAGAAAGGGACAGCCGGUUUAUAGGUAUCGGUCUAAUGACUUGUCUUCGUAUCGACCACGAAAUGGCGAGAGUUAUGCAGAGCGGUCUACUGAUUGGAAUGAGGAGUUCCCAGGGCUUCAGUUGGAACAGCAUGCUUAUGCAAGAAGACUUGCUAGAUUUGCCGCGAAUGUGGGGCCCGUCGCCUGGAAUAUAGCUUCAAAGAAACUGCAGCACGUUCUCCCUCCCGGGGUCGAGUUUGGUCCCGGGUGGGUGGGCGAAGGCGGCGCCGCUGCUGCUCAGCCACACCCAUAUUCACCCGAGACUCAGAAUUUGCCAAACAGACCUCUAACGCCGCCUUUCCCGGGCACGUCCUCCGAGGCCAUGAUCGAGGCGGUCAGAAGACUGAACAGUCUGAAUGAGAUGGCGGAGCAGCGCGGUGGGGCCCGCCCGAAGCCCGUGUUCCAUCCGAACCGGAAUGGUAUGAACGGCAUGUUCGGGUACGACCUUAACGUCCGAGUUCAGCCAGCGGGCCCCGGGUCGCCGAGUUCUAGUAGUAUCCAAAUUGGUUCCCCAAAGCAGCCAGACUUGGCUUUACAACUAUAAUACAGAAGAAACUAGGGACUUAAUAAUUAUGAUGCUAAGGUAGCUGAGUAGUGUAACAUGAAGCUGUAGUUACUUGGGAAA